CAUCUGUGCAACCGCACAUAUAUUUGACCUCAUGAAUGCUGACCCUCUCGGCGAUGCAUGUCCUCCUGAUCUUCACGAGCUGCGAGAUCAGAUCUUCUCACUGAGGGUAUUGAUCCACACUGACAUGCCCAAAGCUACAAAGCAUGCCAGCUCUCUCGACCCGCCUCGCCUCUCUGCCUCGAAGCUUCUCGCACCCAGCACCAACGCUCUUCAGACCUCGACUCCGAUCACUACACAGCAUGACCGUCAUUCGAGCACCCGCAGCACCCAGCCCUACGCUCGGACCUUCGUUGGUGUUCCCAGCAAUCCAUCCGCGUCGCCAGGAAUUGCCCGAUAAUGAGGCAAAGCUUGCCACCAUUUCGAGAGAUCUGAGGAGCGACACGCUCACUGUGCCCACGGAUUCCAUGUUCCAAGCCAUGCAAAGAGCAAGUCGAGGAGAUGAUGUGUACCUGGAGGAUGAAACGACGACGAGCUUCGAAGCGGAGAUGGCAGCGUUGGCAGGCAAAGAAGCUGCUCUGUUCGUCGUUUCCGGCACCCUUUCCAAUCAGCUGGCCAUCCGCACGCACCUGCAACAACCACCCUACUCGGUGCUCUGCGACCGUCUGGCUCACAUUCAGCGAUACGAAGCGGGAGGCGUAGCAUUCCACAGCGGAGCGCUGGUCGAAUGCGUCCAGCCGCGCAACGAUCAUCACUUGACCUGGCAAGACGAUAUCCUUCCCAAUCUGGUCUUGGGAGACGAUGUUCACUCUGCUCCUACGCGUUUGAUAUGUCUGGAAAACACGCUGCAUGGUCGCAUCUUUCCUCAAGAGGAGAUCAUCCGCAUCGCAAAAGGUGCGGCUGAACACGACAUCAAGCUUCACUGCGAUGGAGCUAGAUUGUGGAACGUAGCUGCAGAGACUGGCAAAUCCAUCGAGGAGCUCUGUCGACCUUUUGACUCUGUCAGCAUGUGUCUCAGCAAGGGCAUCGGUGCGCCAGUAGGAACCGUGCUGGUCGGUACCGCCCCAUUCAUACGCAAAGCGCGCCACUUUAGAAAACUCUUCGGAGCGGGCAUUCGACAGAGCGGAUCCUUGGCUGCUGCUGCGCGCACAGGUCUAUCGGAACACUUUCCCAAGCUCAGAGCGACGCACCAGCUGGCCAGAUUCGCUGCGGACGAGCUGGAAAAGCUUGGCGUGGCGAUCGUCGGUAGACCUGAAACGUGCAUGUUGUUCAUCGAUACUGCCCACCUUGGCUUCUCGUUGCAAGAGCUGCAAGAACGCGCUGCGCAACUGCCAAAGCCUAUUCGAUUGGGAGCAGCGCGCAUCGUGAUACAUCAUCAGACGAGCGCGAAAGCCAUCGAGGACUUGAUAGAUUUGGUGCGCUCGCUAAGAGAAGAAUUUGCGCAUCGCGCGUACGAAAGGGAAAGUGGCAGUGCGGACGGUGCGCCUCGUGCUCAGGAUGGCGGGAAUUUGUACGCUGCGAUGAGCAAGAGCAAACAUUCUAGACAGUCGGUAGACAGAGUGUGAAGCAAUGUAACAAAUGCAAAUUUUU